GGAAUGCUGGAACGGGAUGGAGGAGGAAUUUCAAAAGGAGGAGUGACGAGAGACAGAGAGAGAGAGAGAAAGAGAGAGAGACAGAGAGAGAGAGAGAGACAGAGAGUAUAAAUAAAUCCCAGGGAAGCUGGUGCUCACAGGCGCAGUUGGACUUCUGGAUAACUGGACUGCAGCCGACUGGAAUAUUCAUCCAAAAAGGCACCAGCAAACUCUCUGGAUUUCUGAUUAGUUGCAGUUACUGUGACAAACUUAGAGAUGAAUAGUGUGGCAGACUGGCUCGUUGAAAACAGGGACAAGAUCGAGAAGGGCGUGGAGAUCAUGGGCCAAGCCUCCGAGGUGCUGGCCGCCACCGUGGGCCAGCUUCACCCCAUCCUGGAGGCCGUUUUCGUGGCCUCCGCCGAACUCCUCAGCAACCCGGACAGCAAGGAAGCCCGCUACCUGACGCAGCAGUUUGAAAAAGUCAACUCAAAACUGGAGGGCAUCCAAGACGAGAUCGACAAACUGGCCCUGGAGCUGCAGAAGACGUCCAUGAACAAGCAGAACUUUGACCGGGAAGCGCAGAUUAUCAGUCAGUACGAAAAGUUUCAGGACUUUGUCAACGCCAAGCCGAAGUUCAGGGAGAAGAAGAAGGAGAAGUUCCUGAACCAUUACGAGAACACGGACAGCGACCUGAACUUGGACGCCCUCUACAACGCCGUCAAAGGUGAGACCACGUCGGGAGACCCCAUGCUGGACACGGUGCUCGCCACCGAGCAGCGCAGCAGGAGGGCGGUCGAGGAUUUCUGCGCUCGGCUGAAGAAGCUGUUUGUGGUUGGCAUCAUCGCCGUCAUGGGCCAUGCUGCGCUCAAGGAGGGAAUCGUCGGCGAGGAGAUGGUCAAGAAGUGGCAAGACCGAAUGGAGGACGUGGAGAAACGCAUGAAAGCGGCCGUGGACGACUGCACCGAGAACUUCGCCACGCAGGCCAAGACGGACAUGGAGCACCAGCUCCAGGACAACCCCGGCACCGUUGACCCCGAGUUCGCCAAAUCUCUCCUGGAGUCGCUGGUUAAAAAGUACGACUGGGUGAGCUGGUCCAUCCGGGCCUUCGGCGACCGGGAGCGCAUUUUCUUCUUCAACUGGCUGGCGGGAAAGAAGUACCACGGCAGCGGCGGAGCCAACUGGUUUGACAUUCUGACCAAGAACAAGAUCAAGGUGGUGGUGUCGUUCUGCGUCGACCCGCAGCCCAUCAACAAGAGUCAGAUCCAGGAGCAGAUCGAGCAGCAGAAGCUGAAGGGCAACAUGAUGGCGGUGGCGUUGUCUUUGAACAAGACCUUCCCCAACUGCCUGGUCCACGCCGUGAGCCACUACAAGGCCGUGGUGGAGACCAACAACUUCAGGGAGGACUGCUACUACUACGGGAAACACAAGCGGGCCUAUCUGUGCAUUCACCCAGAGUAGAGCCAAGGAAGAGGAGAGACUUUAGGACACCUAGUCGAUGUGGAUCUGUAUCUUGUGGUGUAUAAUCUGCUUUGGGGACGGCUUUGUGAUUCCUUAACUCUCAGAAUGUCCUACUUCUUCUCAAUGUUUCCUCUUAUACAAAUUAUGGUUUUCAUCAAAAAGUUCAGCGUCAGCUUCCUGCAUUCAUGUCAUUUGAGUCAACAUUAAGCAGGAAAGCUUGAUAUCUAGCAGAUAUUUCACCUUUCAUUCAGACCCACCUUUGGACAAAGCUACAACAAACCUGUGGUUGAUUUAUGGUGUUAAUUCAUUGAUGUCAAGAGUUUGAAACAACAUGUGGAGCACAACACACGAUUAAAGGUUGUCAAAAUGUUUUAAUUAUCAGCAGAACUGUGUUGAGAUUCUUUCAUCAGAAGGAGGCAGUUUCUGUUCAGCUCUUUCUGGAUUCAUUUGGUCUGUAAGUCCAAAGCUUGUAGAUGCAUCCCUGCUGCUACGGCCCAGGAGAAAAGAAACAGUUUGGCUCUGAAUAAAAUUUGCAAUUUAUCUCAUGUGGCAGUUUUGUAAAAAAUCAACUUUAAACCUGAAAAUGCAGACAAAACUGAAGCCAACAAACCAGUUUGGUAUUUUCCCAGGUGGGAUCAGCAGCUUCAAAACCACAACUUAUUGUAUUCAUAAGCUCUGAUGUUCUGGUCCGUCCAGUCUGAGUCUCGUUUUCAACGAGACUCAGACUUUGUGUGAAAAUAAAAUCCACCUCCAAAGCUCCUGGUUUGUAUUUAGAAUGAACAUUAAAAUAAUUCAAAAUUUCACCUUUACAGGAGAUCAAAUAAACUGUUUGUCUUCUGGUUAAAAGCUGCAGAACAGGUGAGCCGUUAGUCUGAUAAUUAAGAUGUUUUAUCAUAUUAUUAUAGUACAGAGUCUGCAGAAUGUGAAGAAAUUAUCUUUUUUUAUGUUUGUCAAUGAUAUAUACAUAAAUGAUGCUUUUGGUGCAAUAUAUUAAAGCUGGACCAACCAAGUACAAUCAUCAUUAUGUGUAUCAUUUGCUUUAAUUUGUAAUAAACAGCAGAAUAAGGCA